CUGUCGAGUGGCACACAGGGCUCUGUGAGGCACGAGAGAAGGAGGCACGAAAAGAAGAGAGAGAGACGGAGCCCUCGGGAACUAUUCAAUCAGAAAUAAACAAAAACACACUUCUCUUCUCAUGGACUGUAAAAUUAAAAGAUUACUUAUGAUUUGCUUGGAUUGGAAGAAUCAACACAUGCGAUUCUGACGGACGAUCUGAAUAACGGAAUUCACUUUUUUGGGGGGGAUUUUUGUAGGCACUCCGAAAUAAUAUAUUUUUGAGGUUCAAGCAACAUUUUCGAAAUAUCGCUGAGAAGGAACAACUACCCCCUAGCCAGCCUUCAAGAUGGAGGAGGAACAGUGCUUCUACAAUGAGUCCAUUGCCUUCUUCUACAACCGCAGUGGAAAGUACCUGGCUACAGAGUGGAAUACCGUCAGUAAGCUGGUGAUGGGGCUGGGUAUCACAGUAUGUAUCUUCAUCAUGCUGGCUAACUUGCUGGUCAUGGUGGCUAUAUACGUCAACCGCCGCUUCCACUUCCCUAUUUACUACCUGAUGGCCAACCUGGCCGCCGCGGACUUCUUUGCCGGCCUGGCGUACUUCUACCUGAUGUUCAACACGGGCCCGAACACGCGGCGCCUCACGGUGUCCACGUGGCUACUCCGACAGGGUCUCAUCGACACGUCCCUCACGGCGUCCGUGUGUAACCUCCUCGCCAUCGCCAUCGAGCGCCACAUCACCGUUUUCCGCAUGCAGCUGCACACGCGCAUGUCCAACCGGCGUGUGGUGGUGGUGAUCGUAGUCAUCUGGACCUUGUCGAUCGUCAUGGGAGCCAUCCCGUCGGUGGGGUGGAACUGUAUCUGUGACGUCAGCACGUGUUCUAGCAUGGCGCCGCUGUACUGUAACUCCUACCUGGUGUUCUGGGCCGUAUUUAACCUGGUCACCUUCCUGGUCAUGGUGGUGCUGUACGCUCACAUCUUUAUGUACGUGAGACAGAGGACCAUGAGGAUGAGCAGACACAGCUCUGGACCACGCAGGAAUAGAGACACCAUGAUGAGUCUGCUGAAGACUGUCGUCAUCGUAUUGGGUGCGUUCAUCGUCUGCUGGACUCCAGGCCUCGUUCUCCUCCUCCUCGAUGUGUUCUGUGCCAACUGUAACGUCCUGGACUUUGAGAAGUUCUUCCUGCUUCUGGCUGAGUUUAACUCCGCUAUGAACCCCAUCAUCUACAGCUACCGGGACAAGGAGAUGAGCGCCACAUUCAAGCAGAUCCUGUGCUGCCAGCGCCAGGAGAAUGUCAACGGGACGACAGCCGAGGGCUCCGACCGCUCAGCCUCCUCUAUCAAUCACACCGUGCUGAGUGGAGGGAGACAAAACAAUGAUCACUCAGUGGUGUGAGAGGAGGAGAGGAGGACAGGAGAGGGACUGGGGCUGGAGACAGGAGGAGAGGAGAGGGACUGGGGUUGGAGAGGGGGAGAGGGAGAGGGACUGGGGCUGGAGACAGGAGACAGGAGGAGAGGAGAGGGACUGGGGCUGGAGACAGGAGGAGAGGAGAGGGACUGGGGCUGGAGAGGGGGAGAGGGAGAGGGACUGGGGUUGGAGACAGGAGGAGAGGAGAGGAGAGGGACUGGGGCUGGAGACAGGAGACAAGAGGAGAGGAGAGGGACUGGGGUUGGAGACAGGAGACAGGAGGAGAGGAGAGGGACUGGGGUUGGAGAGGGGGAGAGGGAGAGGGACUGGGGCUGGAGACAGGAGGAGAGGAGAGGGACUGGGGUUGGAGAGGGGGAGAGGGAGAGGGACUGGGGUUGGAGACAGGAGGAGAGGAGAGGGACUGGGGCUGGAGACAGGAGACAGGAGGAGAGGAGAGGGACUGGGGCUGGAGAGGGGGAGAGGAGAGGGACUGGGGCUGGAGAGGGGAAGAGGAGAGGGACUGGAGCUGGAGACAGGAGGAGAGGAGAGGGACUGUGGCUGGAGAAGGGGAGAAGGACUGUGACUGGAGAAGGGGAGAGGGACUGUGGCUGGAGAAGGGGAGAGGGACUGGAGCUGGAGAAGGGAGAGGGACUAGAGCUGGAGCUGGAGAGGGGAAGAUGGACUGGGGCUGUAGCUGGAGAGGGGGAGAGGGACUUGGGAUGGAGCUGGAGAUAUGAGGAGAAGAGAAAGGCUGGAACUGGAGAUAGGAGGAGAGGAGAGGGACUUGGGCUGGACACAGGAGGUGAGGGACUUGGGGCUGGACUGGCGACAGGAGAGGACAGGAGAUGGAUUGGGACUGAAGCUGGACACAGGAGGAGAGGAGAGGGACUGGAGCUGGAGAGGGGGAGAUGGACUGGGGCUGUAGCUGGAGAGGGGGAGAGGAGAGGGACUGGAGCUGGAGCUGGAGAGGGGGAGAUGGACUGGGGCUGUAGCUGGAGAGGGGGAGAGGGACUUGGGAUGGAGCUGGAGAUAUGAGGAGAAGAGAAAGGCUGGAACUGGAGAUAGGAGGAGAGGAGAGGGACUUGGGCUGGACACAGGAGGUGAGGGACUUGGGGCUGGAACUGGCGACAGGAGGAGGGUAGAGGGACUGGGGCAGGAGCUAAGUGGGGCUGCAGCCAGGAGGGGCUGCAGUGUAGAGCCCAUCCCAGGGGUGGCCAGGAGAUGGGUGGGAGGAGGGGUGCAGGCAGGGACCAAGGAGGGGGGUUGGAGAUGGACUACAGGUCUAACAUUACUAUAAAGACCAGGGGGAUGGACUAUAAGUCUAACAUUACUAUAAAGACCAGGGGAUGGACUAUAAGGUCUAAUGUUACUAUAAAGACCAGGGUGAUGGACUAUAAGGUCUAAUGUUACUAUAAAGACCAGGGUGAUGGACUAUAGGUCUAAUGUUACUAUAAAGACCAGGGUGACAGAAUGCAGAAAAAUAAGAAGCUAAGUCCGUCUUACUCUGAGGGUUGGAACCCGAGGGUAGAGGCAUCGCAAGACUCUGAUAGGCUGUUAGUUAUUUGUUUUCUAUUUUGUAAAAAAAAUGGUUGUUGUUGUUGAUGAACUAUUUAAAGACUAAUCUAAUGAAUAUGUAAAGAACUGGCUAAUGAAUAUGUAAAGAACUGGCUAAUGAAUAUGUAAAGAACUGGCUAAUGUAUAACCCACCUCUUCCAAUAUAUAACCUGCUCUCUAUUUUCCCUCUCCUUCUUACUGAAUGUCUUGCCUGACUUUGGUUUGUCUCAAAGGGCACCCUAUUCCAUAUACAGUGCGCUACUUUUUGAACCAGUGCCCAGUGCCACCUAGUCCAUUAUAUAGGGAAUAGGGUGCCAUUUUUGGACUCAUCCGUAAAGAAAACUUGUGAACUUGAAAGAUGAAGAGUCUGUCCAGUAAAUAUUUCCACUAAUCUCAUCCUCACAGUGGCACAGAAACAAACCGUCCUGAUUUCUAACAGCUUUCACGCCAGUACUUAUCAUUAUAAACACAUUACCACGUCAUCGUACGCUAUCAAGACGUACUGAAUAGCUUUUACCCAAGUAUUUUAGUACUUAGUGUGAUUACAACACUUAGAUUCUCUGUUAGCGUAUUCUGUUGUUGAGCCCCAGACCACAGUGGAGCACUCUCUCUUUCAAAAAAGUUUUAACAUCACCAAGUAGGUUGUCUAAUAAGAUCUGGGUGUGUGUCCUAAAUGGGCCCUGAUCAAACUAGUGCCCUAUAAAUAGGGCACAGGGUUCCAUUGGGGAUGUAGCCCCUGUUCAUCAUUUUAACUUUCUGUUCCCAAGUAUGUUGAUCUAUUGACAGAAAACUUGGGACCUGUUUUACCUAUCUCAACCUAAAGUUUUGGCUGGAUUCCACCCGUAGGAUUACAGGCCCAUGAAUAUCAAACACUAAAACACAAAGAAUGUAGUUCCUAAGGAGAACCUGUUAUAAUCAUUUUAACUUUAAAUUGGCUUUAAGCCAAGUAUGAAUUCCAAGUAUGACAGACCAUUUGGAACCAUUGAUUUGACGGGUGGCGAUCUGUCUUCUGCAAUGGAACAGUUUGUAUCAAUUUGCGGGUCGGCAGUCAAGUUAAGAUAUUGAACCUUCACGAAGUAAAGUGUCCCCGGCCACGUCGUCGUGAUGAUGUAUGUUGCAUCACGUGAAGCUUUUUACAUCAUCAUCCGGGGACGCUUGGCUUCUUGAAAGUCCAAUGUCUUAACUUGACUGCCGACCCGCGACACAUUUUGAAACUGGAACUGUGGACUAAUGGAGAAAAAAAAAAAUACAAAAAUAUAUUUUUUUACUGAAA